GGAGUAGGUCGCUUAAAAACUUUCCAAAAGCUUCAGGGUUUCUGUUGUUGCACUCCUCUCAGACGUAGAUGCAGUAUAAUAUAAUUAAAUUAUUUCGGAAGCAGGGACCUUGGAGUUUAGUUGUAGUGAGUGCUACAGAUAAACCAAAGAGGAGCUUGUGGGUUGUCACGAGCUGUUUGGAUGAGAAUUUGCCUUGACUCACGCGAUAAAGUGGCUAGGAAUUGUUAGCCAAAGGCGAGUCAACAAGUCGUAACUUAACGUUACAAAUUACGUUGCCCGAGAAGAUAUCUGUUGCCCGAGAAGAGCUGUCUGGACAGCAAUUUGAAGAAAUGGCGACGAGAGAAGACGAAUAUGACUACCUCUUUAAAGUGGUGCUAAUUGGGGAUUCUGGCGUGGGAAAGAGCAACCUUCUGUCCCGCUUCACCCGAAACGAGUUCAACCUGGAGAGCAAAAGCACAAUCGGGGUGGAGUUUGCCACACGUAGCAUCCAGGUGGAGGGAAAGACCAUCAAGGCGCAGAUCUGGGACACAGCUGGCCAGGAGCGCUACAGGGCAAUCACAUCCGCUUACUACCGAGGAGCUGUUGGUGCCCUCCUGGUGUACGACAUCGCCAAGCACCUGACAUACGAAAACGCCGAGCGCUGGUUGAAAGAGCUGCAGGACCACGCUGACAGCAACAUCGUCAUCAUGCUGGUGGGCAACAAGAGUGACCUGCGUCACCUGAGAGCGGUGCCCACGGACGAGGCCAAGGCCUUCGCUGAAAAGCAUGGACUGUCCUUCCUGGAGACGUCUGCUUUGGACUCGUCCAAUGUGGAGUUGGCUUUCCAGACUAUUCUUACAGCCAUCUACCACAUAGUGUCCCAGCGGCAGAUGUCUGGGCGUAGUGACGCCGACUUCUCUCCAAACUCCAAUGUUGUGCCGAUCACUGUGCAACCCACCCAGAGCUCAGCAAAGCAGGGCGCCUGCUGCCAGAACAACUGAAGUUUCUGCACACGCUAAGGAUCCUGGGUAACAGAAAAAAAAACAUGAGGGAAAAGGCAAAAAAGCAACAAAAAAAAAAAAAGCAAAAUGUAAAACAGACAGUCAGAAUGCCGGACUGCCCCCCCCCCACACACACACACACACAGGUGUCUGCAUGAGUGCUGUGUACGCUGUACUCCCCUUACUCUAUCUAUGCAUUCUUGUUAACUUACAAUUGCAAUAAGCUUUACAGCUAUGGCCCCAGAAUCUGCAAAUGCAAUAAGCUGUGGACAAAAAAAAUGAAGCACCACCAGGAAAGAGUUGGGUGAAUGUAGAAUUAAAUGAAUUUGGUUAGCAUACUGAUUAGUCUGUUCCUGAAACACCAUACCUCUUAUCUUUCACACUAAUACGAUUAUAUGGGCGGGUCACAACGAGCCAUGGUUUGGGGCAGAGUGCAGUCUUUCCGCUAGCUGUGAUCACUGUCUCUCUCCCAUCCAUCUGGACAUGUAGGUGAAAUUUGGGCCCAUGCACAUAUUUGCACAUCUGAUGUUUCUUUGCAGCUGAGAUAGAAGUAUACGAGAGAAACGUUCAGCGAGGGCAUGGUGCAAGAGCAGAUAGCAGUUUAUACUGGAUGUCAUCCCAGUUUGGCUCAAUGUCUGAAUUACCAUAAAGGGAAAUUGUGCUUAUGGAGUCAAUCACAGCUAAUUUAAAAAAAAAAAAAAAACCCAUUUGACCGCAUUGUGCACAUGGCAAAGAUUACCUUAUGUUCUACCUUCCAGCAAAGUUCUGGCUUACUGCUUUUUUUGACAUCCCCUACUGUAUUUAUUUAAUGUUAAUAUGAACAUUUUUCGUUUGUAUUGUUUGACCUGAGGAUUUUUUUAUUUUUUUGCCUCGCAGAGAAUCAUCUCAAAGCUACACUGGGCUUUUUUAAUUUAAUAUUAUUUCUGGGAUAUGAAGGGUGACUCUUUUUAUUUCUUCUUUUCUCUUUGUGACUACAGAUUCACAUGAAAUUCACAAGAAAUUCUUUAAGGAUGAAAUCAUUGUACGCGAUUAAUUUCAGCUUCGAGUAAAUGCAUACUUGAUUGAGGGGAAUGCCAUGAAAGACCUGUCAAGUAUAGCAGAUCAAUUUCUUGUAAUGAAAGGAUGUGUCAAAAGAAAUCACGAGCACAUGUUAAGAAAUAUUUUUUUGUACUUGCUUUACUGGAAGCUUCUUUUACCUCUGACAAUGUUGGAUUCACUGUAUGUUUUUUUUUUUACAUAGUAUUUUAUUUCCUCCUCACAUUUAACACAUCCAUGCAUUGCACACUUUGUACUGUUAGUUUUAAGUCAUUAAACGGGUGCACCAGUGGCUUGUGGCCUCCGGACACUGUUUUGAAGGUGCAUCUCCGGUUUCUAAAAGCCACGUCUCUAUUGGAUGGAAAGGUUUCAAGGGUCUGACUCAGAGCAAAUAGGCAUGCAGCGCUCCCUCUGUUCUCCCUUUAGGCUGCUUCCUCAUCAUCUGUGUGCAUGUAUUAGGUUGCAAGGAGCAGGGAGGCCCAGCGCCUUGCCUCAGGCCUGUCCUGUGCAUGUCUGAUAGGCUUCGUUAUACACUCGUCUCACUGUAAAUGAAAUCCCUUUUUCUUCUGUGUGUAACCUAAAGAGAGCUGGGUCUUAUGGGAGAUCUCAUGGAUUAUGGCCCCGCUCUCCCUCCUGCUUGGAUGUUGGAGUUCUGGCUUAAGCAGGGUGGUACGGGGGAAAGGGGACAGACCAAAGGGUGGCGGCGGCAGUGGUGGUGGGGGAUUGGCUCAACCAAGACCCCUUCUGUCAUGGAGGUAGGGGGCCUUGUUUCAAAGUCAAGGUCACUGCAGUGAAGGUCAAUAUUAACUUGGUGCCCGCUGCGAUGCUCCGAUGCAGACCGACACGCUGGCAGUUCAAUUGUAUUUCCCUCUAACAUGUCAAAGAACCAGAGCCUAAUGCUAUCAAUGGCAAUGCAACCAAAAACACUCUCCUAUGCAGUAGCAACAUAAACAUUGUUAAUUGGAUAAAUCCUGAUGAUGUGAUUGAAGUAGUGCGUUUUCUCGAAACUUUGGCUUGGCAACACUAGUGGCAUUGCUCAGCAGGAAUAGGUUGGUAGUGGGAAGAUAUUUUUAAUGAUAAAUAACAUUAUGUAUAUUUGGAAUAAAUAUGUAUGAAUAAAAUGAAUUUGCUAUUA